GAAGAAGGCAGACGUCCGUGAGAGAGAGAGCAUCGCGACAGCUCAGAGCAAAAAUGGCCCCUACGAUUGGAUCGCCCUGCCAACCCUCCGCACUGGAGAAGCAUCUAACCUGCUCCAUCUGCAUGAAGGCCUUCAGGGAUCCCGUCACUACAGCCUGUGGUCACUCCUUCUGCAAAAACUGUCUUCGCUGCAGUUUUCAGUACCAUGACAGGGCGUGCCCGCUGUGCAAGACGCAUCUGAGCAAAGCCCCUUGUGUCAACAUCGUCCUGAGAGACCUCGUCAAGAUGAUGAAGAAGGAGAACGGCGAGGUGGCGACAGCCGACGAAGUGGCCUGUGAUGUUUGCAUAGAGAAGAAGCGGAGGGCCAAGAAGUCCUGCCUGGUGUGCCUGGCCUCGUACUGCGCCAUCCACGUGAAGAGUCACUAUUCGACUAAACGGCUGAGGGGCCACAAGCUGGUGGAACCUGUGGAGGAUCUGGAUGAGAGGGCCUGUUUGAAGCACGGACGCCCUCUGGAGCUGUUCAGCAGGAGGCAGCAGACAUGCAUCUGUGUUCGAUGCAUGGAAGCAAAUCAGCCGGAGGUCGUCUCCACCGAAGACGAAUGGGACAACAAGAUGACUGAAGUCGACAGCAACAAGGCAGAGCUGAAAGAGAAAAUCAAACAGAGAAAAACAAAGUUGGAUGAGAUCACUCUGGCCCUAGAAAACUGCAAGGACCAGCUGCAGAGGGAGUGGUGCGACAUCGAGGCCGUGUUCACUGCUGUGCUCGCCAUCGUGGAGGAAGCCCAGGCCACGGUGCUGCAGCCGCUCAAGGACCGGAGGCAGGUUCUGGAGAAGGAAGCAAAAUUCCUCAAAGACGAGUUGGAAGCUGAGAUCAACAAACUGCAGAUGACCAUCUUAGAGCUGGACGAUAUAUCUGCACUUGAGGAUCACAUCCUUUUCCUGCAGAGUUAUCCAUCGAUGCAAGACCUGAACAACAUCACCGACUGUUCACAUGUAGAGCUCGACACAUCUCUGUCCUUUGGCAACAUGAGAAAAACCACAACAGUGAUGAUGCAACAAAUCCAACAGGAGCUGGAGAAGCUGUCCUCCGUCGAGCUGAAGAGAAUCCCAAAGUUUGCAGUGGAUGUGAAGCUGGAUCCGGCUACAGCGCACAGACGCCUCGUCGUCUCUGAAGAUGGCAAACAGGUGAAAGACGGAGGAAAGGACCAGAAAGUAGCCAACGCCCCCGAGAGGUUCGAUCUGUUCGGCGGCAUCCUGGGCGUCGACAGCUUCAGCUCCGGGAGGUCCUACUGGGAGGUGGAGGUCACCAACAAGACCGGCUGGGAUCUGGGUGUAGCGAGGGGCGACGCCAACCGAAAGGGCAGACUCAGGCUGAACCCAGAUGACGGGUACUGGGUCACUGCGCUCUACGACGAUGAAAAGUUUGCCGCCCUGACAGCACCACCACGUCGCCUGUCCCUGGAAGAGAAGCCGGAGAAGGUGGGGGUGUUUGUUGACUACGACGAAGGUCUCGUCUCCUUCUACGAUGUCAAUGCUCAGUCUCACAUCUACUCCUUCACCGAGUGUUCGUUCAAAGAUGAGCUUUACCCAUAUUUUAGUCCUCAUGCCAAACUAGAUGAGAAGAACGCCGAGCCUUUGGUCAUAUCUGCUGGGAGUCUGUGUGAGCAGGACGAGGCUCAGCCAUGAGAUGUGUGUAUUUGUGCUGCAGCUUUGUACAUCAUCGAUUCCUUUCCUCGUGUCUUAGUCUCUGUCAGAUGAACAAAACUGUGUUCACUACAGCUUGUAGCAUAUAUUUAAAAUUCAAUCCACAACCUGCAAUAAUGUGAUGACGUUUCCUCCACCUAGAACUCCACACAAGAUCUGCUGUAAAUGGGGAAACUAACAAAGCUGCUCACCCAGAACGGGGAUAAGAGUAAAAAUGGUUUUUGUCCCGACUACCACCCACUGAAUCUAUCAAAAGGAUAGAACUAAAGAUUAUGACCCACAACACAACUUAUGAGGGAGUCACUAGUUUUGUGAGGGAUGGUUUGAAAAAAAAAAAAGAAAAGAAAAACUUAAUUCCAACAUUCAGACACUCAAACAAGAAAAUCCACCCGAUGAGCAGGUGAGCUUAAAAACACAGCUAUCCAUAACAAUGUACAGCUGUCCCUUUAGUUUUUAUUUAACACCCGGGUGUGACACACAAACGAGUACUAUACAUAUAAAUAGUGACAGAUUAGGUGAUAUAUAUCGUAUACAACAUAUGUGUUAGACUUCCUAAAGGCUUAAAUCCUGUAACUGAAUGUUGGUUAUGAAGCAACACCAUCGAUGUCAGACUGUAAUCUGAACACACUGAAGCUUCAACACUGCAGGUCAAUGCAUUCAUGGGUUUUUCCAUAGUUACACCAUAUUUUAUGAGCAAAUAGAACUUUAUGAUUUCACUAGAUUCAGAUUUAAGGGACUUUGUUUAUUUUUGUGACACUUUAUAUAUUUGCAUUUAUCUGCACUUCAGAAAUGUGCCUUAAACACGCUGCUUCUGUCUUUAACUGGUUUCAUUUCUGUUUAAAUAAUACUGUGGGUUUGAAUGGGAUUGUGUCACUUUAGAGGCAAUAUUUUCAGAAUUUUGAUUUUAGUAAUGUGAGUUAUUGUAGUAUUUGAGAGACAUGUUUGUGUGCUUUUGCUCUUAACAGUAAUCAACAAUACAGUUUAACACGAUGUAGUCACAUUUAACACAGCGUUGAACAUCUACAGCGGUAAACACGCUUAAUGCAGCAGUGACAUUCAUAAAAACAUCUUAAAAUACGAACAGGGAACAUUUUGUUGAAGAACAUGUACUUUUUCCUUUAAUAGUUAAAGAUAAGAUAAGAUAAGAUAUGCCUUUAUUUAUCUCACAGUGGAGAAAUUCACGUUGUUGGUAGCAGCAUUAACACAGAGAUACACAUAUAUGAGAGAGAGAGAGAAAAAAAAAGCAUACUGAAACUUAAACUUUAUAAAAUAGUCUUUUAACAGGUUGGCAAUUGUACUUUUACUUUAGUUUCUGGGUUAUUAUUCUACUACUGCAAGCAAUGAUGGAACUGAAAACUGACUGCAGGCUUGUUAAUGGGAAAUUCACCUUAUGUACUUUAGCAUCAUUGACAUGAUCUGAGUGUAAAGUCUAGUUGUGGUGUCGCCUGUUUCAGUUCCAUCGCUGUUACUUUUCAAUCUGAAAAUUGUCAGAUGUUUUUUGGGAUAGUUUUAUGAAUAAAAAUAACUUAAAAAA